AUGCACGCAACGUGCGUCGUCACGGACGUGUCCUCCUCCACAGACGUCUCGCCCCGCUACACUUUGCGCAAGAAACUGUCGUCCACUCUGUAUGGCGAGACGGCAUUGUACCAGGACGAGGCACUGGAGAAACAGCUCGUGGUGCUCAAGCGCGUGGGCGUCUCGACGUUGCAGCAACAGCAGCAGCAGCAGCCGAGUCAGGAACGCGUCGUGCGGGACAAUCCUCUGAGCGAGCGUCUCGUCGUGCAGCUGCUGGAAAACCCCGUGACAAAACGUGCCCCUGGUCGGGAGUUCGUCGUCGAGUACGCUCGCGAGGGCUUUUUCGCGUCGGGGGACAGCGUCUUCAUUGCGAUGGAGUUCUGUGGCGACGGCGACCUGUACGAGUACGUGACGACGAAACCCGACCGUCGCGUCUCGGAGACAGUGGCGCUCGACCUGUUUUCGCAAGUCGCCAGGGGACUGGCGUUUCUUCAUGCACAUGGCGUGGCCCAUCGGGACCUGUCGCUCGAGAACGUGCUGCUGAAAGACGGCCACGUGAAGAUCUGUGACUUUGGCCUGAGCACCGACGCGAACAAACGGUCGGCCGAUGUCGUGGGCAAGUUCUACUACAUGGCUCCCGAGCUGACUCAGGGGGGGACGUACGACCCGAAGAAGGCCGAUAUCUGGUCACUCGGCGUGCUCCUCUUCAUCCUCUUGACGGGGUCCCCGCUCUUUGCGGACGACAGACGCUGUGCGCCGACGUUGCGGGUGCUCCAGAAGUACGGCGUGGCCAAGAUCCUGCAGCUCUGGGGCUUCCAGAAGCUCAUUUCGGGACCUGCUGUCGACUUGCUCUCCUGUAUGCUGCAAAUCGAGCCGCAAUUUCGACGGAGUGCUGACCAAGUGGCUCGUCACAUGGCAUUGCGUCACGUCAAUGGGUCACAGGCAGCAGCGCCGUCUGCGUAG